CUCGGGAGUCCUGUCUCCAGGACGCCUUCACAGUUGGCGGUCGCCAUUGGCGCAGCGUGGCCCCGUCGACCAAUGGGCGCGCGCGCACGCUGGCAUGCGCACGGCGUCGGCGCGCCGCUUCGAUCGCCGAUACUCUCUGACUUGCAUACGCGGGCGCUUGGCGCGCGGCGCGGGGUCUCCAGCAGUACACGCGAGGACUUCCAGGCGACAAGGCGCCACGCUCGCCAGCCGGUCUCCGCCCCCACCGCCACCUCGGCUCCGGCGAUCGCGGCCGGGGGCUUCCGGACUCUCGCGUCAUCACCGUCUGCGUCGCCAUGCCGAAGAGCUCGUCGAGUUUCUACACGAGCAACGUGUCCCUGGACACGGCGAAGAACCUGGUGAAGGGGUCGCUGAAGGCGCUGAGCCUCGGGGGCUCCACCGAACACAGGCUGCAUGGGGAGUGCGAGACCCCCAUCCUGGCCGCGGCCAGCCAGGCGAAAGUGCAAGGAUGGACUCCAUUGCUGGUCAUUAUUGGGAUGGUGUCCAUAUUAGGAUCAUCAGUUCCAGUUGGCUACAACAUUGGCGUCAUGAACACUCCAGCACACGUAUGUCCCAGCCCAUCAUCCGAGAAUUCUGCAAUGCCACUGUUUUUGAAACCUAUGGUAUCAACAUGUCCCCCGCAGGGAUGAAUGUCCUGUGGUCGAGCAUUGUGUCGAUCUUCAUUGUGGGAGGCAUCAUUGGCUCACUUUGUGGUGGAUGGGUGGCUGACCUUGUUGGCAGGCGGGGAGCUGUCAUAGUGAAUCAUGCAUUAGCCUUGAUGGCAGCUAUUCUUUUUGGAUCUUCUCGUUCAGCUGGAUCAGUGGAGAUGUUGCUGUUGGCUCGCCUCAUUGUUGGUCUUUCUUCUGGUUUGGUUACGACUACUGUCCCCAUGUACCUCACGGAGAUAGCACCCAUUUCCAUUCGAGGUGCCAUGGGCGUACUCACUCCCCUGGGUCUUACUGUUGGCGUACUUCUAGGGCAAAUAAUGGGACUUCGGCCUGUUCUUGGUCGUGAAGAUACCUGGCAUCUACUUCUCAGCCUUUAUGCAAUUCCAGUAUUAUUGGCAUCUAUUGCCAUCCCAUUGCUUCCAGAAAGUCCCAAGUAUUUGUAUGCAAUUCGUGGAGAAAUUGAACGAGCAGUAGAUGAAUUGUGUCGUUUACGAAAAGUAUCAAUUCCGGAUGAAUUGGGAACAGAAUUGGAAGAAUUGUCACAAAGUUCUGUUGCAUCAGCUGGUACAUCGUGGAGUGUAACCCGUGUCCUAAAAACGUCUCAGCUGUAUCUGCCAUUGUGCCUUGUGUGUGCAAUGCAAGCUGGUCAACAGUUUAGUGGAAUUAAUGCUGUCUUCUACUAUUCUGUUACUAUCUUCCAAAGUGCUGGUUUCUCAGAAGAAGGUGGUCAAUAUGCUACUAUUGGAGCAGGUUGUGUGAACUUGCUUGUAACAAUUCUGGCCAUUUCUUUGGUAACACGUUUUGGUAGACGUGCUCUUAUUCUUCUUAGUUGUUGGUUAGCUGCUGGAUGCCUUAUUCUUCUCAUGAUAACUAUCAUUUUUAUUGAUGCUGUCUCCUGGAUGCCUUACCUUUGCAUAUUUGCUGUUCUUGGAUAUGUGUUUACUUAUGGGUUUGGGCUUGGCCCAAUUCCUUAUUUUAUUGGAUCAGAACUUUUUGAUGUUGGCCCCCGUCCUGUGGCAAUGGCGUUUGGAAGCAUGUCAAACUGGGCAGGAAAUUUUAUAGUGGGUAUGACCUUUCCGUCUCUCCAAGCUUACAUUGGAGCAUACUCUUUCUUGAUUUUUGCACUUAUUACCAUUUGCCUUGCAGAAUUCUUGAGAUUAUAUAUCCCAGAAACACAAGGCCGCACUGCCGCUGAAGUUGCUGACGCAUUGGAAGGUGGUUUUAAAAGACGAAAAGGUGUAAUGUUUGUUGCACCUCCUAAUAAUGAUUCAGAAGUUGGAGGUGAAUUGACUAGAGCAGCUGUAUGAGACUUUUGUGGGACAAAUUAGAAUUUGAGUUUGCUGUGACCUUCUUCCAGUGAUUUAUGUGAUAACGCGUGUACUGAGUCACUGCUAUUGUCAGCACUUUUGUCAAUGGCUGUGGAUGCCGUAUCAGUAUCUUUAACUUCCAUAACUACAACUUCACAUGUACUGAUUAUCAACAAACCAAAAGUUGAACUUGCGUGGUGUAUAGCAGAAAAUUUCUCAUGUUCAUUGCAUAACAAUCAAACAUUUUAAAGUGAGAGUAGCACAGUAAAUGUGUAAAGAAUGUUUUUUCUUUCAUUAUGUUUAAUUUAUUUAUUUUCAUGUUUUUACUGUAAUGCUGAUCUCUUAAUGAAUUUAUGAACAUAUUAAUGAGCCCUGAUACUCAAAACAAUGCAUUUUUUUAAAGGAAAUUUCUUUUAGCAUUCAGGAAUGCCUAGGGGCAAUAAUCAAUUAUAGCUCUACAAUUUUUUAAUAUAAAUAAAUAUAUAUAUGUACUUACAUGUGAAAGAACUUUCAUUAGAUAAUAAAUUUUUUUACAUUUUCAAAAAAAUUCUUAUUAAAAAAAAUCAUAGGAUUUUUCUAUUUGAUGCCUUCUGUUACCACACUUUUACUUUAUCCUUACAAGCAUAAACAAUUAAGCAGAAUGAAGCAUAGCGAUUUAGGAUGUAUUAUCUUUUAAAAAAUGUACUAUUAUAAAUGAUAAUUAAAUAUAUUUUACAUGAUGAGCAUAUCUUAACAAGAGAGCAAAUAUGAAUGGAUUAGAACAAAAAGCAAAAUUACAAAAUUUGUUAUUACAUUACUUAAUCUUCCUAAAACUAUCUCUAGUUUUGGGAAAAUAAUUGCAAUUAAUUAAAAGAUUUCUCACAAAGAAAGUAGGCUAAUUGACUCGGAAGCUGAAACAAUAUUAGUUGUUAAAUGCUUAGUCUUUCAGAGAUAAAUACUGCAAAUUUUAAUUCAUUAAAAAUCAUUCUUAAAAUCAGUUGCUUUCCUUUUUGAUGAUCAGAAUAGUCUAAUUGUAUAAAAAGUUGUGCAACAGAAAGGAGUUUACAUAUCAGUUAAACUUGUGUACCAAUUUUAAUCUUUUUGGUGUCAUUUGGCAAUUGCUGUAAAUAAGUUUUCUAUAACUUGGGAGAGAAAAUUUAGUUUUCAAACGCUGAAAACAUUUCUUUUUAUGAAACUCUUAUUCAUCAUUCAACC